CUACAUGCCAUGUAACAAAUACAGAAAAAAAAAAAAAAAUGGCCGACAUUUGAAGAUGAAGAACUGAAGAAGUGAAGCUUUGAAGAAAAAUGGCGGAGUUAGGGUUUCAAUCAGGUUCUAGGGCUCGAGUUGCGAGCCCUGACUCUGUUAUAUUUACUUUGGAAAAGAAUUUCAGCCUCUUCUCUUCCGCGUCCGCUAGUGUCGAUCGAUGCUCUUUUGCUUCCGAUGCUCACGACCAUGAUUCUCUCGCUUCCGAACUCUCUUUUCAUUUGGCAGGACAUGGAGGAGGAGAUCAGAAUGGGAGUUCGAGUGGACCAGGUCCUGAUCCAAACAAAGCUAUAACAGUCCAUAAGCACAGUCGUCUCUCCAGAAAAGGUGAAAAAGUGAAAGUUCAAAAAGAAGAAAAUGAUGCAGCUCUUAUAGAGGACGAAAAUCAACUUAUAGAUUCAGCUAGAAACUCAUUCUCUCUUGCUCUUAAAGAGUGUCAGGAUAGGAGGGCUAGAUCUGAAGCUUUGUUGAAGAAUCCUCAUAGAAGAAGACCAACUUCAUUAGAUCUAAAUAAUGCCACUGCUUCGUCUCCUCGGUUGGGGAAUAUGAAGAAAAGCUCUGUUGCGACACUGAAAUCGGGUGCAUUUCCUAGUCCCGGGACUCCCAAUUAUCAUCAUCAUCACUCGAGUGUUGGGAUGCAGAAGGGUUGGAGUUCUGAACGUGUGCCGUUGCAUAAUAAUGGUGGAAAGAUGCAGGGCAAUGCUGCUGGGGUGUUGCCUUUUAACAAUGGAAGGGCUUUGCCUUCAAAGUGGGAUGAUGCUGAGAGGUGGAUUUUUAGUCCUGUUUCUGGGGAUGGUGGUGUGAGGCAAUCCAUUGUGCCUCCACAAAGAAGACCCAAAUCAAAGAGUGGUCCACUGGGUCCUCCUGGGAUUACUUACGAUUCAUUGUACUCGCCUGCGAUGCACAUGUUUGAUGGGGGGCAUGCAGGGAAUUUCAUGGCUGGUUCUCCUUUCGCAGCUGGUGUAAUUGCAGCUGAUGGUUCGGCAAUUCAUUCUCGUAGCCAUGGUGGAGGAUUUGCUGUUCGGACUGAGCCUUGCAUGGCCCGCUCUGUUAGCGUGCAUGGAUGUUCUGAUGUAGUGAAUCCACCAUCGUUGCCUUCUCAAGGUCCCCAUCUUUCUAAUUGGUUUUUCAUCAAAGACACAGAUGAAAAUCUUGAUGCAGUCAAGGAUGCAGCCACUGAUAUUUCUCGUACUGUUUCAAGAAGAGACAUGGCAACCCAAAUGAGCCCACAGGUUAGCAGCCACUCAUCUCCCAAAGAAAGGGCUUCUUUCUCUCCCUCCAGCCCUUCUGCUCUACCUAUCAUGGAACUACAGAACAUCCAUACUUCUAAAUCAGAAGUGAGAGACGUGCAGGUAGAUGAAAGAGUCACCAUGACUAGGUGGUCAAAGAAGCAUAGAGCUCGAAACACUGGGAAGAGCUCAGAAAUUGUUGAUGAUUGGAGAAAGAGAGCCGUUGACACUUGUAUAUCAACCUGGGAUGUGACAGAGACAACAAAGAGCAUUUCCAAGAUUAAAAGAGAAGAGGCCAAAAUCACUGCAUGGGAGAAUCUGCAGAAGGCAAAAGCUGAGGCAGCCAUAAGGAAACUAGAGAUGAAGUUGGAAAAGAAGAGAUCCUCAUCAAUGGACAAGAUAAUGAAUAAGCUGAGAUCAGCUCAGAAGAGAGCCCAGGAAAUGAGAAAUUCAAUGUUAGCCAAUCAGGCCCAUCAAGUUACAAGGACCUCACAUAAGGCUAUAUCACUCCGUAGAACCUGCCAAAUGGGUUCGUUGAGUGGUUGCUUCACCUGCCAUGCUUUCUAAUGCCUCGCUUAAUCUUUACUGGUUCAAUCAGGCCUGAAAUGCCGGUUUCAAGAACAAAGACCACUGGAGAUAAUGAAUAUUGUACAGGAAGCAACUAUUACACCGACCCGAAAUUGUUGUCACUGCAGUUU